AACGUGGAUGUCAUGUUGUUGUAAAUCCGACUCCCGGUACUAGCGCAAUACGCGUUACGCAAUUUCGUCGGCUACCGACAACUACGACUGCUAGAUGCAGAAAGCAGAGCAGACGCGGUGCGUAUGGGAGUGCAAGUAACCAGGUUCCAACAGCGAAUUGUGCAUUGUGUCUUCAGGAAGAGACUUUGGAACGGGUGGUAGCGAUGUCUUUUGGGAGGUGCAUGACAAAUGCUCAAGGUGGUUCCAUCAACAUCAUGCAUCAUAUCAUUUUAAGGAUACGCAUAAAAGCGUUUUCUGCAGAAG